AAAUCCCUGCUCAUUCAUUUCUCACACUCCCCUCACAAAGAGUGGUGUUGCAAUAAAAAGAAAAAUAUAUUGAAAUUUUUAUAUCGAUAAAAAAGCCAAGAAAGAAAAUUUAAAUCCUCACACAAAAAGUUACUUUGUGAAAAAUAUCCAACAAAAAUUAUCCUCAAGUGUAAAAAAGAAUUAAUCACUAAAUUCUUGUCUACAAUAAACAACAAAUAAAACGGAAAUAAUAAAUUGUUCCAAAAAUAUUCUCUUAAGUGGCCUUUUUGUAUAAAGCAAAAUAUAUAUUCAAAAAAUUAAAAGAAAAAUAUUUAAAAUAAAGCAGAAGUCAAAAAAGAAAUAAAAAUUUAGACGACGAACGAAGAAAAAGAACAAAAGUUAGAGCGAGCGAGCGAGCGAGAAGAAUAAAUUAAUCACGUUCACGUCAAACAAAAAAGCAAAAGCCAAAACGAGAAAAAGACCAUUUUGAAAAAAAGAAAGAAAGAAGUAAAGACCUUUUGUUCCUUCUAUCUUUCGUUGAGUGUUUGCUGUCGUUGGUCUGUUCUGUUCUCUGUUCGGGAGUGAGUGGUGUGUACAUACUGUGUGUGCUUCUGCUUUGACUUAGAAGACUACUGUGUGCCUGUGUGGUGACCAAAACUGAAGAAGUCUCGAACUCAAGUCUAAAGAAAAAUUAAAACUGCUUUGCUACUACUGUACUGCUGUGACUGUGAAUAAAUAAAGUAAACAAUAUGGCGUGUGCUACUUUAAAACGCUCCCUCGAUUGGGAAUCGAUUAACCAGCGUCCAACCAAACGGCGUCGAUGCAAUCCCUUUGGACAAUCUACCUCGUCGAUGAUGGGUGGUGGUGGUUUCGGGCGCGGAGCCUCUGCGUCCAGCUCACCAAGUUCCUCGUCAGCUGCUGCUGCCGCAGCUGGUGGCUUGAAUGUCAAUCAUGGAAUGAGCGCUGGCCUCAGUGGCGGAAUGCAACAGCGUUGUCCCUGCGGACGUUUGAAUACCGUAAGUGCUUCCAGAAAUGCCAUCGAUAACUCGGACGCAGAUACACUACUGCCCGAGAGUCCUUUCGCUGGCAAAAUGUCCACCGACAAGAUGGCCCAGAAUAUACGUGACGAAAUCAAACGCCUCAGUCGCCGCAAACAGCUGACCUAUGCCUCGUCGGCCGAGCGCAUGCAAGACUCAGAGUCCUCGGGCUCCGAAAUGGGCCCGGAGAGUCCACGCCGUCGCUCCGACAGUCCCAACAGUCUGGCCACACAGCACCCCGAAAAGGCAUUGUUCACAUUCAAACAGGUGCAGAUGAUAUGCGAGCGGAUGCUGAAGGAGCGCGAGGACGAACUCAGGGAGAAAUACGAUGCAAUUCUGACUACUAAGCUCGCCGAGCAAUAUGAUGCGUUUGUUAAAUUCACAUACGAUCAGAUACAGCGGCGUUAUGAAGCAGCUCCUAGUUAUCUAUCGUAAUCGGACCUCAUGGCGUACUGCAGCACUAGUCCCCUCAAAAUACUAAAAUACAAAACAAAAACAAAAAAUACCGCAACAAAAAUUUGACUCAAGGAAACCUAGAAGAAGAAGAUGAUGAAGAUGAAAAACAAAAAUGAUGAAGAAUAAAUUAGAUGAUGGAAGUGAAGUGGUGGAAGGAUACAAGUGGGAUCGACUUCCAGAAUUCUCGCAGUCACGUCGCAGCAUAUUAAAUAAUAUUAAAUUAAUAAUAAACACAUAACAAUAUAUACAAAUAUAUAUAUAAAUAUAUUUAUAUACAAGGAAAACAACAAAAACAAACUCAGUUCACAAAUUAUCUCUCUGAUACACCAACAAAAACAAAAAACAAAACCACAAAAACAAAACAGAAUCAAUUUUCCAUUUUUGCAGUUUUUCAGUUCAAACUAAUUUUUUCAAUUUUUCAUUUUUGAUAUAAAUUUUUAUUUUUCUCUUUUCAUUUUUCACGCGAGGAGAAUUCGCCUGAAGCGUGAAUUUUCAUAGGUAUAGCGAAUUAGUGCUUGUUAAAAAAAUUAAUUUUCUUUCUUAUAUUCAAUUUUUUUCUUUUAUUAAAAAUUAAAUUUAAAUGAUUCAUAAAAAUAAAACAAAAACAUAAAACUAUAAAUUAUGAAGAAGAAACAAAAAAAAAAAACAAACGAACGAAAAUUGGAUUAAUCAAUGAUUUUGUUUAAAAUAAUUAAAAAUAUGAUUUGUAUUUUUCUUCUAUAUUCUUUUCUUUUUUUUUGUAAACAUAAGAAAAUAUGUUUUAUUUUAUAGUUUAUAUAGAAAUUAGAAAGAUAUAUACAAAUGAUAAGUAAAAGGAAAAUGAGGACGAGGAGAUGGAUGUGUGAGGAGGAGAUUUAUUACAAUUUUUGUUUGUAGUUUUACACACGUGUAUUUUUUCAUUAUAAUUAUGAUUGAUAAUGAUGAUGAUGAUUUUGAUGGGUGUUUAAUAUUUUUUAUUUUAUUAUUAUUAUUUCUUUUUGUCACUAAAUUCUUUAUCCUUCACUCACUCUCUCUCUCUCCCUCUGUCUCCCCCAAGACACUUAGAAUUAGAAUUAUUUUUCUUGCUUUCUUUUUUAUAAAUAAAUAAAAAUAAAAACAACAAAAUAAAAUAUAUAAACCUAAUGAAAUAUAAAAGGAAACAAAAUUA